CUUGCGAGCAAAAGGGCGAAAUCCCACCACACACGAACACGAAGCACAGGAAGCAUUCAACCCACCAGCCCACACACACAGCACCACCCAGCACGACCACGAGAGUCGCGAGAGGAAGACAGUUGUGACGAGACAGACACCCCGAGAAGGCACGCUUUGUAGAGGCCAUACACACCAACCAUGUUCUCGUGGCUGUUUGGCGGCAGCGGUGACGCCAACAACAACAACAACAACGAAAAUGACAAGAACGUCACUGGCACCACGACGCCCAACGUGACGGGCAGCGAUGCCGUGCGCAAGGACGAUAUCGCGGCAGUGGGCUCUGUCGCUGGCACAGCCGACAUUGAUCUCACACAGACCGACGGUCGCCUUGAUCCCAGCGUCUUUGAGCGCAUCGCAAAGGCCGCAGAGGCCAUCAAGUCUUCCGAGCACGCGAGUGAGCUGCUCACGCUGGCCAAGUCCCAGGAAGAGACGUGGCAGCAGCGCUUCUCUGCCAUGAAGGCGGAGGCCGAGGCCAAGUCCUUGGAGGAGAAGACGCGCCAGGCGCAGGUGUUUGAGGAGGAGCGUCGCCGCAGCAUGGCCAUGGAGACGGAGCAGCAGCAGAAGCGCGCACAAUACCAAGACCAGCUGGCGCGCAAGCGCUACAACGACCAGCUGUACCAGCAGGAGCAGCUCAACGACACCGAGCGCAAGCGGCAAGAGGCGAGUGUUGCGCGCCAGGAGCAGGAGCGCCGCCGCACCCUCGAGUACCAGUCCCAGCUGCAGCGCGAGACAGAGCUCAUGAAGGCAAAGGCGGACGGAGAGGCCCGCAUCCGGCAGGAGCGGGAGAACCGCGACAUCCGCGACGAGCAGCUCGUCCUACAGGCACAGGAGUUCCGCACAACAGUGCUUGAGGGCAUCAAGCAGGCUGGCGAGACAAUGGGCGAGGGCGUGCGCGCGUAUCUGUCCGAUACACCACGCAUGCUGGCCACCGUUGGUGUGAUUGGCGGUAUUGCCCUCGGCAUCUACGCUGCAAAGUCCUCCACCACGAUUGCGACUCAGGCCGUCCUCCGCCGCAUGGCCACGCCGCCUCUUGUUCGCGAGACUUCCCGCUCCGUCAAAUUCCUUCCCAAGCUCUUCCGCCCUGCCGCGAAGCCCGAUGAGGUGAUGCGCGACAUCAUCUUCCCCUCGCUCGUCGAGCAGCGUCUCCAGUCCAUCACCAUCGCCACCGCCAACACCCGCCGCAACAGGGCCAACUACCGCAACGUGCUGCUCCACGGUCCCCCCGGCACCGGCAAGACCAUGUUUGGCCGCCGCCUUGCCCAGCAGACUGGCCUCGACUAUGCGAUUCUCGCUGGCGGCGACGUCGGCCCGCUCGGCAAGGACGCCGUCACAGAGAUCCACAAGGUCUUCGACUGGGCUCAGCGCAGCAACAAGGGUCUUGUUUUGUUCAUUGACGAGGCUGAGGCGUUCCUGCGCCAGCGGUCGUCCGGCUCUGCGCGCAUGUCCGAGGAUAUGCGCAACGCCCUCUCCACCUUUCUCUACCGCACCGGCGACCCCUCAAACAAGUUUAUGAUUGUCCUUUCCUCCAACGAGCCCCAGGAGCUUGAUCGUGCUGUGCUCGACCGUGUGGACGAGUCUGUGCACGUCGAUCUGCCCGAGCUGCCGGAGCGCGUCCGCCUCCUCAACCUCUACUACAAGAAGCAUAUUGUUGAGCCGACGACGUCUGCACCAGUGCUGCUGAGCGACGACAUGCAGGACGUGGAUCUCAGCGCCGUCGCAAAGGCGCUCGAGGGAUUCUCUGGCCGGCAGAUUGCAAAGCUCUGCGUCGCCUGGCAGGCGACUGCCAACGCAACGGUGAACAACAUGCUGACGAAAGAGCUGUUCAACCAGGUGCUGAACGAGCACAUGACGCAGCACAAGGAAGCAACCGCGUGGAUCAACAAGCAGCACUAAGUGCCCCCUCCCCUUUCUCCCAGCACGUGUUUCAACGUGCGCGUGGUGUUGUCUGUGUAUGUGAUCGGCUGGCGCGUGUUGUGUCAACGUAACGUGUACGACAUGUUUGACCAUGUGCACGUUGUGCAGCGUGCAAUCACUCUGCCAACACUGGUUUGCUUUCGCUUGAAGAUGCAUAGCGCAUCGUUCGUUUCGACUUGCUGUUACAGCGACGUGGCAUUGUAAAGUGACUCUUGGAUGUACUUGUGUCCUGUGGCGUCUGUCGUGAUAUUGAUGGGUAGUUUCGUUGUUCUUUUUUUCUAUGUGUGUGGUUGUUAGUUGUUUUGUUGCUGUUGCGUCGCGCAUGUGUACAGUCUUCGUCGCUCGAGUGUUGGUGUCACGUGUGUCAACUUUGCGUGUGCACCACCCAACACCAACAGUCCACAGCAUAGCAUUACAUGUGACACGUUUAUGAGACUACAAAAUCAAGCAAGCA